CAUCAGCAGCGACAGCGCGACUCUCCCUCCAGCGAGCCCUCAGCAGUGCACCUUCCCUUCCAAAGCGAACCAACCACUUGGCGAGCCCCGCUGCGCAUCAGCAUCGCCAACCGCAGCUUCCCUCUGGCUAAGCGCAGCGCAAGGGCGACCGCACUGACGUCGCUCUUCUCCAUUGGCCCUGGCCGGCAGCACAUGCCCAAGACAGCUAUAUAAAGGCACCCCGGCCCGCGCCCCACUGCUCCGCCUCUGCUUUGCUUUGGUGCCUUUUCUGUGAAGCCUCCUCAGCUCGGAUCUUCUCUUUCCCGGCGGCGCGACUUCUUAGCAUCUCCGGCUCGGCGCAAUGGCUAACGCAGACGCUUUCUUAGGCAAAUGGAGCCUGAUCUCCAGUGAAGGUUUUGAGGAUUAUAUGAAGGAAUUAGGCGUGGGUAUGGCAAUGAGAAAGAUGGGAAAUAUGGCCAAGCCAGAUGUUAUCAUCACCAAGAAUGAUGAUACUUUCACAGUCAAAACUGAAAGCACUUUCAAGACUUCAGCAUUCAGCUUCAAGUUAAAUGAAAAAUUUGAUGAAAACACAAUAGAUGGCCGAAAAACUCAGACCCUCAUCACUUUAGAUGACAACAAUGUAUUGACCCAGGUCCAGCAAUGGGAUGGCAAAGAAACCACAAUAACAAGGAAGAUAGAAGAUGGGAAACUGAUAGUUGAAUGUGUCUUGAAUGGUGUCAAAUGUACUCGUGUUUAUCAAAAAGUAUGAAGAGCUUGAUGUCUAUGUUGGAAAGUGGCAGAUUAUUCUCGAUAGAGGACUAGUCCGUAUUUUUUCUUUUUUCUUUUCUUUCUAAACUAGAUUU